AUGAACCCCCAUAGAGAGCAUGGCGUUCGAAGGAGAAUGGAAUUGAAUCCCAUUACAACAUCUCUGCAAACUACCCCUCAUCAUCACCAAACCCCGGGAUCUGCAAUUUCUGGAAAUUUGAGCGCAGCAUUUGGAUACCAUCCAUCACAGUACAAUGCAUCACUGAGCUCUGUGCGACAUUACAAUCCUUCACAAUGGACUUCAUCUCCCAGCGUCAGUGGCGGUUCAGAUAAUUCACAAUAUUCUGCCAGACAACCUCACGACCCAGAUGUAGUGAUUCCAGCCCCGCCUCCAUACUCACCACCGCGAAGCAAUAGGCCGGCAGGAGGAUCGGACGAACCUAUGUCUUCGGCUUCUGCUCCACCACAGGCAUAUCGGUCUUCGCCAGAGGCUUCGCGUACUCCAAAUACUCCAGCUCCAAGUACUCCGCAUCCGAAUUAUCCUCCCCCACCGGGCGGGCGAUCUAGAGCUGGGUCGAAUGAUAGACCACAUGGCAUAUUUGGGUUUUCCAGGAGAUCCACUAAUCAAUCGGAAAACCCUAGAAUGUCACCAGCCUCAAACAGGGAGCCAAUACCACCAGUUCCGCCCAUCCCAAGAAGCGCUAUGGAACCAUCUCGUCCAGAACCUUUGGAAUCUAUUCCAGUCAAUGUUUUGCCUCCAGGGUCACGUCGAGCUGCAUCUACAGGAGCCAUCAAUUCAGCAUCUCCAGCACAUUCGCGAGAUCCAUCUACUACUCGAUGGCAGCCUGGAAUGCCUUUGCCUCCGCCUCCACCAGGCCUUCCUCCACCCCCAAGAUCACAAAGUAUGACCCGUACACUCGAAACAGUGAUCUCCCCUUCCACCAGACGGCCACCCCCUUCAUCCUCUCUAGGCCCAGUACCACCUACUCCACUUUCGCCUCCAGUCCAAGCAUCUGCGGCAGCAUCAGAUUGGCCUACUGAGACACCCACGGCAUCAUCUCCUCGAAACCGCCCAGAGAGUCCUGCGCCCCAUGUCGAUACUUCGAGUGUUACUUCUAGUACGGCGACUGAUUCUAUCUCUAGCUCAAGUUCAUCCAGUUUGGCAAGAUCACGGGCAGUCAGACGAGAGAAAACUAUUCGCGAAAGAAGAAGUGAAAGUAGAAGUGGCAGGAUAGCUUAUCCUGAAUCGGCGAUUGAACGAUCAAAUAAUCCUUGGGUAGAAGCAGUUACUCCCAGUGAUAUUGUUGUAUCCCUAGCAAGACGUCCGACCAUUACUAAGGCAACCCCAAGAAGUGGAAGGUCGUCCAAUUAUUCAGAAACCCCGAGGUCAUCUCAGGCAAUGCAUCACAACUUGACUACCCCAGAUCGUCUGAAUGGACCUGCUACUGGCUCUAGAGGCUCGACUCCCAGACCAGUGGCACCUACUCCGCCUUUCUCCCCCGAGUCUAUCAAAUCAUCUACAGUAGAGUAUUCACCAUUGAUUCCUUUAAAGUCCUUGCCAACUCCUCCACCACAGUCAAAAAUGGUUCAAAAAACUCAUAAUCGCCGUCCGCCUUCCUUGAUCAUUCCUAAAGAUGAUUCGGCAGUCAUUGCUGCUUUGACCUCGUCCCGGCCUGCAACUGGUAAAUCUGUUUCAAGCCAAAUGUCUCACAUGACACCCAACGAUGACUUCGCAUGCGCUGCAGCAGAAAGACAUGAAAUAUUUGUUCAGAGAGAAGCUAGUGCUACAAACGAUACAGACCGUGUACGCAUCUUUGCAGAAUUCAUUGUUGAUGAAUCCAGGAUACGUCGAGACCGUUAUGCCUCCGCCAUAGACGCAAUGGGAUCUGAAAUUCUAGAUUUGACCCGGGACUUGUUUCGUCCUAACAUCAGGCCUCGUAGAGACUCAUCGAUGUCCCGUGCAAGUGAAUAUACACCUGAAUCGUCGGCCGCGCCAAGAUCUCAUAGGGGUUCGCUAGUGGGAGCCAUGAAAGAAAACCUACAAUUGCAGCAUUCCGAGCCAAGAUCCGGCUCACGACCACCUUCAAAACCUACCUCAAGGUCGAAUUCGAGACCUGGAUCCAGAGCUAAUUCAGCAGGACCACCAUCUCCAGUCCCGACACAACAAAAUCCACAGUGGUGGAGUCAACCUGGCUAUAUGCCUUCCUUAUCUCCAAUUCCUAGCAUGAGCGUCAGCGAAGCACUUGAUGGUGCAAGCUCAAGAGGGAGGCCGUCAAGCAGGUGGUGGGAAAUUAGUCAACAAGGAUCAGAUGGAGUUCCCUCGUCAAGAUUUGAGAGAUCAAAACGGGAAUCAAAGUACAUGGGAAUGCCAAAGGAACUGCGUGAGGCUUUACAAUUUGGCGAAGGAGAUCAAUCUUCAGGGCCCCCCAUGGAGCAUGCAUUUGGUGGUCCAAGUAAUCCAGCCAGUCUGCGCCCUAACGAAUAUCCCCAAGAAAAAACUGGCUUCCACGAACCGAAUCAAAAAUUCCCCAUAUUUCAACCAAUAAUUUCGCCAGCCCUCGUUCCACGAACGCCCUUCACACCGAACCCAGAGCACCUUGAUGUUUCAAGAUUGGUCACGCUACCUCCACCCUAUCCUCGUCAUCAUCCAGCCGUCAACAAUAACCAUCCUGAUCUCAUGACUAUCCGUACAACUGUUCGUACUCUAAGCGAUAUCACUGAAGUAGCUGCCACCAAAGAACGUUUCUUGCAAGAAAGUGCCCAGAUGCGAGAAGAUCAGACUACAGCAGCCUCCAAACGUCGAGCUUCCCUACGUCUCCGCAUCCAACGUGAUGUCGGAGCUGGAACUAUAUCAUACGCCGACGCAGCUGCCUACGAAGCAGAUUCGGUCGCUGGCGAACUUCUCAAAUCCAAGGAAGCAGCCAAAUCCAUUUUCGAACUCUUCCAAUCCCAAGUCGUCCUUCCAGUUAACGAACUUCUCAUGAUCCGCAUUCAAUCGGCCACUGAUCUUUUCGAACAGCUACGCAGUAAACUCUUCAACGACUCACAAAACCAAAACCCUACCUCUACUCAGGAAGAAGGUGACGAGCAACCAGAACUCAUUGAGAAAUUAACCCUUUUAAAAUGGAUUUUCGAAGCGCGCGAACAACUCCACCGCGAAGUCUACGAACUGCUCUCGGAUCGGAACGACCUCUACAAAGAAAUUAUAAUAACCCCGUACCGUCUCACCAACAACGUCGAAAAAGUCCAGGGCGCCGAAAUGUUCUUUGCAGAAGAUGCUCAAAAACGCAAACAAGCAUUCGAAUCUGAAAUCCUCAAACGUACCGAGGAGUUCAUGGAUAUUAUCGAACAAAAUGUAGUUCGUGGCGUAGAAGUCCAACUUGGAGCUUUUUGGGAUAUCGCUCCUUCGUUGAGUAGCCUGGUGGAACAGAUCCCAAAUGAUGGAGAGCUGGAGGGCUUCGUGGUUCAAAUACCGAAAGGCGAAUAUGAGGAAAAUCCAAGCUACUAUGAUUUCCCCAUGCAGUAUCUAUACACCCUCUUAGUCCAUACGGGAAAAUCCACAUACCAGUUUAUUGAAAGCCAGACGAAUUUACUCUGUCUUUUACAUGAAGUCAAAGUGGGAGUAACGGCAGCAAAUUGUAGGUUAAUGGGGACCCAGAGGGUAGCGCAAGGUGAAGGAAAAGAGGAAGUAGAAACGGAGUUGGAGGCGGUGAAGAGGGACGAAGAGGGCCGACUGACGGAUGAUUUAAAGGAGAAGGUCAAGGUUGUGGAGGAACUUUGGAGGAGUGGAUUAGGGACAGAGUUGGACGGAGUGCGGGGGAGAAUUUUAAGGUGGUUGAAGAGGGUUGGCGGGGAGUUGCCGCCGGAUGAUGAGGCGUAG